UUAGACUUGGGGCUGUGUGGAUGCGAGCGUCCUCACGUGUCCUCACCGUGCAGCGAGCCGAAGCAGUUUUCUCGUUAAGAACUUCUUCCUCCUUCUCUAUCCGCGUCAAAUUGAGGAUUUCAAGAGCCAAGCUAGGAUUGCUACAGGAGUCGCCCACUGUAGGCGAUUGCACUCUUGCACACAGUGGAUAGGUUUGGACACCAGAAUUCCGCUUGAACAGAAGUUCUCUUGUCUAAACGCACAAAGAACAGUUUUAUGGGAAGGACGUGCUGGUUACAACAAUAACAUUGGAAAAUGGUUCUAAAAAGGAUAUUCCGGACGGUUAUCAUGGGACCUCCGGGCUCCGGGAAGGGCACAGUGUCGGGGCGCAUAGUAAAACGUUUCGGAUUAACGCAUCUUUCAAGUGGGGACCUUUUGAGGGCCAACAUUAAAGCCAAAACAGAGCUGGGUCUUCUGAUGAAGUCAUGCAUCGACCAGGGUCAGCUGGUACCUGAUGACAUAAUCUCCCGUCUCAUCCUAACAGAGAUGAGGAGCAUAGAGCAGAGCAGCUGGCUGCUGGACGGGUACCCCCGCACCUUGGCUCAGGCGGAGACUCUAGACGGCGUGUGCAGUGUGGACAGAGUCAUCAACCUGGACGUUCCUUUCCAGACCAUCAAACAGAGACUGACCUCUCGCUGGCUGCACCUCCCCAGCGGACGCGUCUACAACAUCGACUUCAACCCACCCAAGAUAUCUGGCCUUGAUGACGUCACUGGAGAGCCUCUGAUUCAGAGAGAUGAUGACAGACCAGAGACCAUCACCAGGAGGCUAAAGUCCUACGAGAACCAGACACAACCUGUGUUAGAGUACUACAGGAGCAAAGGGAUGUUGGAGACAUUCUCAGGAACGGAAACCAACAAGAUCUGGCCUCACAUUCAGGCAUUUCUGUCCGAAACACUCUUCUCCCAAAAUGAAAAUGUUGUUGGGAAAGCCUAGAAUCCACUCUAUGGAAAAGGAAGGAUCAGUUUACCAAAACUUAAAUGGGACUCAACUCUUCGGUCCAAACCGUAGCAGUAUCUCUGUGCCUAUAUAAGACCAUGCCACGAACUACAACAUAGCUGGAUGAGGACCACUUGUUAAACCAAUAUGUCACAUUCUAGCUCUAUUCAUUCCAUAUGUAGCCUGAUCCCAGAUUUGUUUAUGCUGUCUCACCAACUCCUAUGGUCACUGUCAAGUUAAACAUCGAUCGUAGGAGUCGGCAAGACAGCACAAACAGAUCUGGGACCAGGCUAUUCCAAAUGUAACUUGUUGCCAGAUGAUGUGGUUUUGUGUCCAAUUUCUAGCGGUCCUUGGUCUCUCUGUGUGUGGACAGGACAGGACUUGAGGGUAAAGUGCCGUUAUAUUAUUAUGUUUGUAGGGCCAAGUGCCUGUUGUUGACUGUAUACUUUAUCAUGUAGUAGUUUUUAAAUGAUAAAUGUGAAUCACCAUGCAAUUAAUACAUAAAAAAAAAAAAUCUGA